AUCUUAUAUGAUGCUGGUUAACUAAGUGGUUCUUAGUCAGACAUCGAUAUAUGUUCUUCGCAUUUCGGUGUAUCAAUGAGUUAUUUCACUUGCGGACUUCAUCGUAGCCACAAUGCACACAAGCGCGAAUAUAUUUGCAUUUUUGCUGAUAAUAGUUGGCUUUAUCGCAGUGAGAUCUCGAAAUAUACCGCCGUUCCUGAAGAUAUGUCACCGCAAUGAUCCAAAUCUAAACGAAUGCGUAAAGCAAAGCGUGAACUCGUUAAGACCUUAUCUGAAAACGGGCAUUCCAGCAUUACAAAUACCACCUUGUGAGCCGCUUCGCGUACCACAAAUUGAAAUCAGUCAAGCAGUUGGUCCAAUUUCCAUUACAUCGACAUAUACUGAUAUUGAGGUUCAAGGUGGAACAAAUUUCACCUUAAAGAGCGUCAAAAUUGAUGUUGAUAAGGAUCGCGUUAGGUUGAAACUGUACCUUCCACGUCUUGAAAUGAUCGCGCGCUACAAUAUGAAGGGAAGGAUCAUGUUGCUGCCAAUAAACGGAAACGGAUUAGCCCGUGGUAAUUUCACGGAUAUCGAUAUCAUAGCCACUGUUCAAGGUGAACGUUAUCAAUCUCAAAAAACUGGCGAGAUUCAUUAUCGUGUGGUCGACUUUUACGUGGACUUUGACGUUGGAAAUGCCAACAUCUAUCUAGAUAAUUUAUUCAACGGCGAUGGUACUUUAUCCAAUGCUAUGAACCUCUUUUUAAACGACAACUGGAAAGUUGUAGCGGCCGAAAUUAAACCAGCUCUCGAGAAUACCGUUUCAGAUAUAUUUAAAACAUUCUCGAAUAAGAUUUACUCGAAGUUUCCGCUGGAUACUUUAUUACCACCCUAAAUAUAUGUAAUCGUUUUGUAUUAAUCUUUUACCGAUAUAAAAAAGUUUUUAUAGGUAAAUCUAUAUACAAGGGCUGUCCAUGAAGAAAGCGAAAAAAAUAAAAAAAUCGUCACGUCUAGAAAAUUGCCAUGAACGCCGGAUACAAUCUCAUUCAAACCACCAUAAAACGUAAACUAAGAGCAUCAUGUUCGUGAUGUAAAGAAGUUGCUAAGGAAUCCCACUACAUAGUGCCACGAGGCGAAUAGCUCCAUGUCAUCGCGUUCGGGCGCUUUCUUUUUAGUUCGGUUUCUUUAUGGACAGUCCUUGUAUAUAGACUUACAAUAGAUAUUGUAAUACAGAAUUGUAAUAUACAAUUAAUACUAUCAAAGAGGUA